UUCUUAAGGCAAAAAUGUUUUAUGAACUAUGACCGUUCAUUGUUUAUUCCUUCAAAAAUCCACUAUGAAAUGUAAGGACAAAUGCAAACCGUAUUUUAACAUAAGCUAAACUAUUCAAAGACUGUACAGUACAAACAAUAAUCCUGUUCAUGUGCUACCCAGAGGUACAUUCAUUUCUUCCUAAUAAGUGGGUGUGCUGCAGUUUAUAUUUGUGCAGCCCAGUCCUUCACAUGUUUGCCAAGUAACUGCUCUUUUUUUUUCCUGAGCCUUAGCUUUGUCCCUUUCUUGCAAUAGCCCACUUAAAUUGCUGGCAUUUAUUAGGCCUAGAUGAACAAAAGUAUGUUCUGAAAAAGGAUGUGUGGGUGUGUUGUGUGCGUUUGCAGGAAUUUCGAUAGCUAAAGCUGGAGGAAGAAGUCUUAUUUGAGAUAAAAUUAUGCAUGUUAAAUACGUAGCAAACCAAGUGACUUGUGGCUGAGACAUGGGAAUGUUUGGAUGUGAAACUACUGCCGCUGGACAUGGCUUUAUAAGGGAGUUUAUUUCUGGAAUGGUCUCCCUCGUGCAUUCAUGGGAGCAGUUGGUCUUCAUUCAUAUUAAACAUGAGUUGGUUUGUCAAGGGUAAAGAAUAGGAUAUUUUAUCUUAUGACUCGGUCUGAAUUCCCAUCUCUCCCUUAAUUUGGUGUUGCGUUGCUGCUCAAAAUGAAAACAGUGCAUGAAGGUGGUUCUCUGUGUUGCUUGAGAGGAAGCAUUUGGCUUUGUACUCAGUGUCUUAAAUUGGUUGAGGUAUUUGACCCUGAGAAGUUUCCUCACAAAUAUUGAAUGUAUAGUGAUUUUGGAGGAGGACAGUAUCACCUUCACUUGACUCUUUGAUCUCCCUUGGAGUGUUUUCUGAAACAUGACCAUUUUCUUACAGGCUUUUCUCACUUAUGGUACUUCUUGCUAACUUCUGCUUUGCCGUCUGUGCGACAAAUGAAUGACAAGAAAAUCUAGUUCUAACUCUUUUGCAGGAAGAGUAUCAAGUGGCCUGAUUGCCAAAAUGCUGAUCAAGGAAUAUCACAUCCUGCUGCCCAUGAGCCUGAACGAGUACCAGGUGGCUCAGCUUUACAUGAUCCAGAAGAAGAGCCGUGAGGAGUCGAGCGGCGAGGGCAGUGGGGUUGAGAUCCUCUCCAACCGGCCCUACAGCGACGGCCCAGGCGGGAGUGGUCAGUAUACACACAAGAUCUACCACGUGGGCUCUCACAUCCCCAGCUGGUUCCGUGCCCUCCUACCCAAGGCAGCUCUGCAGGUGGAAGAAGAAUCCUGGAACGCUUAUCCCUACACACGCACCAGAUACACCUGCCCUUUUGUGGAGAAAUUUUCUAUUGAGAUCGAGACCUAUUACCGACCAGAUGCUGGAAAGCAGACCAAUAUUUUCAACCUAAGUUCUGCGGAGCGUAGGCAAAGGAUUGUGGAUACUAUUGACAUUGUACGGGACCCCAUCUCACCCAGUGAAUACAAGGCAGAGGAAGACCCACGGCUUUAUCACUCUGUCAAAACUGGACGCGGGCCUCUGGGAGAUGACUGGCUGGAGAAUGCAGUUUCUGGGCCUUUCAUGUGUGCCUAUAAGCUUUGUAAGGUGGAGUUUCGAUACUGGGGCAUGCAGUCCAAGAUCGAACAGUUCAUCCAUGAUGUGGGGCUCCGAAAAGUUAUGCUUCGGGCACACCGUCAAGCUUGGUGUUGGCAGGAUGAGUGGAUAAAUCUCACCAUGGAUGACAUCCGGAGGCUGGAAGAAGAGACUGCACGCAUGCUGGCUCAGAAAAUGGCCAUCUGUGCUGAGCCUGAUGCAGGCCCCGUGGUGCCCAGCCCUGAGCACCCGGCUGAGAUAGGUAUCUGUGAGAAGCAGGAUAGAGUGGACAGCCUAAGAGCCCCUGAUUCCUCUCCAGAUGAUCCAUUUGCCAAGCAGUGGUCAGCAUCUUCUCGCUCAUCAUAUUCUUCACAGCAUGGUGCUGCAGCAUCUCCUCACAGUUUAUCAGAGUGGCGGAUGCAAAACAUUGCACGGGACUCCGAGAACAGCUCUGAAGAUGAAUUCUUUGAUGCUCACGAGGAUUUCUCCGAUAGUGAUGACGUUUUUGCCAAGGAAAUAACUAAGUGGAACUCGAAUGAUUUUCUCGACUCUCUAGAAAGGCCUAGUGAGCCAGAUGAUGUGCUUGUUGAUGUUGCUGGGGUAGCCAAGCCAGAGGGCGAUGGGAUCACUGCUCCUAUUCCGUCAGAGGCUGGCCCAGAAGACCUGUCCAGGACAUGCCGCAUCCAUGCGCUGUUCCUGAUCCUCCACAGUGGCAACAUCCUAGACCAGGGUGUUGGAGAGCCUGGCUCCAAGCAGGCUGAUGUGCACACCCUCACUGCCACCUUGGACUCGGUCACCCGCCUACAUUUCCCUGAGGCCUUGGGGCACAUUGCAUUGCGCCUGGUGCCUUGCCCACCUAUCUGUGCUGCCGCCUACGCUCUUGUAUCAAAACUCAGUCCUUACAGUCAUGAUGGCGACAGUCUGUCCAGUAGCCAGGAUCACAUCCCACUGGCCGCUCUGCCUCUCCUGGCCACCUCCUCAGGCAAUUACCAGAAUGCAGUUGCAGUGGUCAUUUCCCGGACCAACCAGGCCUAUGCCAAUUUCAUCCAUUCCCCUGAUGGAGCUGGCUUCUGUGGCCAGGUCCUGCUAAUUGGAGAUGGCGUUGGGGGCAUCCUGGCUUUUGAUGCCCUCUGCCAUAGUCGUGCGGGAGGGUCCGGCAGUCGUGGGAGCAGCCGCCGUGGGAGCAUGAAUGCUGAGCUGCUUUCUCCAGAGAAUGCCAUGGGGCGAGACCCGCUCCUUGAGAAGGCAGAAGUACUGGGAGGAAUGGGCCGUGCCAGUCCUGAGCCAGGAGUGCUUCCACCUAGCCUGAAACGCAGUGACCAUGUGGCACAGGAGGGCGACUCUUUACCGCAGCAGCCUCAAUUUCUGUCCAGCCUGCAGGCUAGCCUGCAGGCCUCAGAUGCUGAAGGAGACCCACGAUGUAGCAGUAACUCUUCAUCCUCAAUGGUGGAAAACUUGGAGGGGCCCAGCCUGGUUGGGAAGUUAGAGUUCAAGGUGUCUGGCUUCUUCUUGUUUGGCUCACCCCUGGGGCUGGUCCUUGCACUUCGUAAGACAGUGAUGCCCGCCAUGGAUGUGGCUCAGAUGCGUCCAGCCUGCGAGCAAGUUUACAACUUGUUCCAUGCUGCUGAUCCCUGUGCUUCUCGUCUGGAACCUCUGCUGGCCCAACAGUUCCAUGCUGUGCCUCCUUUUGGAGUGCCCCGCUACCAGAAAUAUCCCCUGGGAGAUGGAUCCUCCACUUCACUGGCGGAGGCCUUGCAGAGCCACUCUUCCCUCUUUGUGGAUGAACUAGACCUUGUGACGCCUCCCACUCCAACAGGCAACUUUGGGGGUUUCUGGAAAGGGAACGAAGCAGCCACAGGCGAGAACACAGUCACCAGUACCAAUGAGGUUGUCAAGAUUCUGGAUCGUUGGUGGGGAGCUAAACGCAUUGACUACUCUCUUUAUUGCCCUGAGGCACUGACAGCUUUUCCCACCAUCACCUUGCCUCAUCUUUUCCAUGCCAGCUAUUGGGAAAGUGCUGAUGUGGCUGCUUUCAUCUUACGCCAGGUGAUUGAAACAGAGCAGCACCAAGUGACAGAGAAUGAGGAGAGUUCCAUCUACAGUCCAGCCUUUCCCCGUGAAAAGUGGCAGCGCAAGCGGACGCAAGUGAAGAUCCGGAAUGUCACAGCAAACCACCGUGCCAGUGAUGUCAUUGUGUGUGAGGGACGACCCCAGGUUCUCAAUGGGCGCUUCAUGUACGGUCCUUUGGAUGUGGUGACUUUGACUGGGGAGAAGGUUGAUAUCUACAUCAUGGCACAGCCACUGUCGGGAAAAUGGGUACACUAUGGCACAGAGGUGACAAGUGGCAGUGGAAGGCUUUCCUACACCCUCCCUGAGGAUAAGAUGCUGGGCAUCGGCAUGUAUCCUGUCCGCAUGGUAGUAAGGGGGGAUCACACCUAUGCUGAGUGCUUUCUAACUGUGGUAGCCAAGACCACUCCUUGUGUCGUCUUCAGUAUUGAUGGCUCCUUCACAGCCAGUGUUUCCAUUAUGGGCAGUGAUCCGAAGGUGCGCGCUGGUGCAGUUGAUGUCGUAAGGCAUUGGCAAGAUUCUGGUUUCAUGAUCAUCUACGUGACUGGCCGCCCAGACAUGCAGAAGCAUCGUGUGGUGGCCUGGCUUACCCAGCACAACUUUCCUCAUGGCAUUGUCUCAUUCUGUGAUGGCCUCACACACGACCCCCUCCGCCAGAAAGCUGCCUUUCUCCAAGGUCUUCAGCAGGAGGCAGAGGUCACCAUUGUGGCUGGCUAUGGUUCCACCAAGGAUAUCUCGGUCUACAGCUCCUUAGGGCUCCCCCCAUCUCAAAUCUACAUUGUGGGCCGGGCUGUGAAAAAACUACAAAACCAGUGCCAGUUCCUGUCAGACGGUUAUGUGGCACAUCUGGCACAGCUGGAAGCAGCCUCCCUUGCCCAUUCACCAAAGGGGACAACAAGACCCACACUGGGCAAAGGCAGCUACGGCUGCCCUGCUCCUGUGGACUUCCUGCGCAAGCAGAGUCAGCUGUUGCGCUCACGGGGACAGAGCCAGGCUGAGCGAGAAGGAACAGGGAGUGCUCAGCCCCGAGCCAAAGCACGCAGCGUCAGCCUCAAACUGGAGAGUGAGGAGUAGGCCCCCGUGGGAGACGGUCUGCAUUUUCUGACUUGCCAUGGCAGGUGCCGAGAUUGGGCGUGUGAGAUGCCGCAGAUAGGAGAGAAGGAACACCAGGCAGAGAAAGAAAGAAAGAAAGGGGGAAAGAAUGGGCUCUGCCCAGCAGAGGCUGCAACCUGGCAUACAGUGCCCCUCAGACAGGAGGAGAGAACCUCUGUAUAAACCCAGAGGUUGCUUUCAUUCCCCUCAGCUCCUUUCUGGCUGCUGUUUGUGGUCUCCUUUGAGCCACCGUUCAGCCAACAUCCCUCAACUCAUACCUCCUAGGGAUUGGGGGGGGAGGGGGGAGGGGGCAGUGGGAGUGUGUUCAUAUUAGCCUGACUUUAACUGUGUUGCAUUAUUUGUGAAUUGACUGUUCACAUCUCUCUCCUUUUCCCUCCAGAUUUUGAGAUCUCUUGAGACUGGGAUCUAUUUCACUCUCCCAGUUGGAUGCCAAGUGAGGUGGUAGUGGUUCUAGCCCCAUCAGUUUCCCCAGAUCUUUCCAUAUCUCUCUUUGAUCUAGGUUGGCUGGGUAGUGGUUAGGGAAAUCUAGUCAUCAGGGAUCCCAGCCCCUUUCCAGAGCACUUUGCUCCAGUCCAAGUCCAGUUCUCAGUCCAAUCCUACCUGUGCCCUCGUCUCUGGGUGUCUGCAUGAUACUGCCCCUCCUGUGCAGUUAUUGUGUCCGGUGUGAGAGCACAGGAUAGCCAGGAGUAAAGAUCAAUCUGUACACCCUUCUCAACAUAGGAGGGUUUGGUAUUUAUUUCAUCAUGUCACAAUUUUUGGAAAGUAGGGAGUUGGGGAGUCAAAUCCUGUUUUGAAGGAUAUUUGUUCCUGGGGGGUGGGGGGUUUACAUUUAUCUUUAAAUGUAUUCUAAAACUGAAAAAUAAAAAAAUGAUUAAA